AUGAAUUACCCUUCUGAUCAGUCACCAUAUUAUUCGUACGACCAGUAUCACCAGGGGUACCAACUGCGGCCUUACCAGCAGAUAGUGGGUCAACAGAAUGGACAUUUAUCGAAUAUACGUCCACAGGGUGGUUUGUCAGGCAUUUAUCCUCAAAAUGAAUCUACUGAUAAUCACACCGGUGGGAGCCAGGAGCAACAGAAGCUGAAUAACGGCGCCAACACGCUAUCUAUUUACAACACACAAUCAGGAAACAACAGACGGGGAUUCUGGUCUCCCGAGGAGGAUCGCCGAUUGAUGGAAUUGAUAUCGAUAUUUGGGGCAUCGAACUGGGUCAAGAUUUCGAAUUCGCUUAGCACUAGAACCCCAAAGCAAUGCCGGGAGCGUUAUCACCAGAAUUUGAAGCCGUCAUUAAAUAGGACUCCUAUUUCAACAGAAGAAGGAGAGUUUAUCGAGCAGUUGGUAGCGAAACAUGGUAAGAAAUGGGCUGAGAUUGCAAGACAUUUGAAUGGCAGGUCUGAUAACGCCGUGAAGAACUGGUGGAAUGGAGGAGCGAACAGGAAAAGAAGGGCAACCGUUCAGAUGAAGGCAUCCCCCGAAGAGCUGUUGAGCACUAUUGCAAGCAAUCCCCAAGACCUGGUGCAUGAUCAGAGAAAUGAGCAACCCUUACCACAACCUUUACCACAACCACACCCUCCGCAACAAAUCUCAUUCAAAACAUCAAUGUUUGGUAAUCAAGAGGCAGCUAAUACUCCUCCAUUGUCAUCUACGUCAUCAGCAAAUUCAACAUCCCCUUAUCGGACGUCGAACCAACGACUGGCAAGCUUGGAUGUUGACAACGUAUCGAAUUUAAUCCAUCACCAUAACAUGCACGCAAGUGCUAGCCAUAGUGCUAAUUCUAAUAUAUCGCAUCUGAAUGGCAACCAGAACAUAGUAUUACCUCCGUUGAAUAACGUGAACAAUUCGUUGCCAUCUUUAAUUUUACCAUCUAAGAAAAGACUUCUAGACGAUCACAACCCGAUUUCACGAAGGCAUUCUUAUGCUAACACGGUCUAUUCAGUUCACAAUCAAAAUGCCCAUGUCAAUAAUAUAACUAAUAGUAAUCCAAACUUAUCUAACUUGAUGAAUGCCUCUAACCAACCUAGUUCAUUGAAUACAAGUGGUCAGAGCUCACCCUACCAUGGAUCACCAUUAAUGUUAAGUAACCAGGCAUCCAGAAACAAUUCAAUUUCCAUUCCAAACUUUGAAUUUUCUACCCUUAACACUUCAAAUGCAACAUCUUUAACUGAAUCAAGACGAUCUUCGUAUAACCCAGACUUUUUCCCUAAUCCGUUGAAGGAUAACGUUCAAACAAGUCACAAAAGAAACAUUUCCCAAAAUUCUUUCAAUUCACCUUUGACUCCAUCCUACAGACAUUCAAUCUCAAGUGGAGGUUCAGCAUAUAAUACAACUACUAAUACUAAUUCCGGCUCUAAUUCUCACCCUAGUUCGAAUAUUAAUACUGGCAAUACUACUAACAGUGGUACCGACCAACCCAAUGCUAGUCCUAAGAAUAUCAAACCUAACAACUCGACUGGCACAGGUUCGGAGGUGAAGCGACAAACCGAGCAGGACAAAACUCAUUUGGGUAGCAAUAAAAUGGAUGAAACUCAAAAUAUAAGAGAAAUUUCUGAUGCUACCGAUAAUACGAAAAUUUCUGUAUCAAGUUUACUUGAUUGA